GGAAGCCGGAAGCAGCCGCGGCCCCAGCUCGGGAGAUAUGGCGGGCGUUAAAGCUCUCGUGGCAUUAUCCUUCAGUGGAGCUAUUGGGCUGACUUUUCUCAUGCUGGGAUGUGCCUUAGAGGAUUAUGGCGUUUACUGGCCCUUGUUUGUCCUGAUAUUUCAUGUCAUCUCUCCCAUCCCCCAUUUCAUUGCCAAAAGAGCAACUUAUGACUCCGACGCCACAAGUAGUGCCUGCCGGGAGCUGGCGUAUUUUUUCACUACUGGAAUUGUUGUCUCUGCCUUUGGAUUUCCUGUUAUUCUUGCCCGUGUGUCUGUGAUCAAAUGGGGAGCCUGUGGCCUUGUGCUGGCAGGCAACGCAGUCAUUUUCCUUACAAUUCAAGGUUUUUUCCUUGUAUUUGGAAGAGGAGAUGAUUUUAGCUGGGAGCAGUGGUAGCACAUUAUUCUGAUAAAAUGCAUUUUAUUUCUUAGAAGUCAUACUAUAUGUAUUUGCGUGCACAUGUGGCCUUUUAUUAUGAAAUUUCAUAUGCUAUUUUUUUUUAUACCUUUAUAUCCUAUUCAUUGUAAGAAGGACUACAUGAGAAAAAGAUUAGUUUUAUUUCCAGCCAACAGACCUCUCCAUUUUCUCAAGUUGAAUUAUGUUACUUGUUUGGCUGUUCAUAUACUAAUGGUGCUCUCAGAAAACACAUGAACACAGUCUUGUAGAUAGCUGCUCAUUCGUGCGAUGCACCUUUUGUCCGGGGAUGUGCCUGGGUAGGCAGGUAACACUGGAGCGAGUCUCCGUUCUGCCCAGGACUUCCAAGAUGUACUUGUGGCCCAGAGAGACGGAGGUGGCUCCCUCUUUGUGUUGUAGAUAAAUCCUUGCUUCUCAGAGUGUGGUCCGUACAGCAGUGGCCUCUCCCAGGAGCCAAUACGUCCGGAAUCAGAGGCCCUACCAGG